UUCAACCGUCUACUGGACACAGGCAGCGGUGUCAAUCUACCCGCCAGAGGCGAAGUUAACAAACAUAUCUCUGCCUAUGCGCUACUCUUUCAAAUGCCUGCACUUAUUGGUGCAGAACGAUUCGGGGUUUAUAACUGUAUCUUCACCAGACAGCAAGAUACUGUGAGGAUAACAACAACUGUUAUGCGCAAGGACGGUGAUGUAUCCCCAACCUCAUCCACCUUGACUACCAGUGCUGGAGAGGAUGUAACAUUGACAAUGACACAGCAUUACGGAUCAACCAAUGAGCUUCGAUGGAGACAGAAUGGUGUUGACGUCACUGCGUGGAAUGGCCAAUCAAGCAUCAGCAUUCCUAAUGUACAAGCCAGUAACACUGGUGGUAUCUAUGAAUGCUACGUACAGGGCAGAUAUAAUCUACAGAACCACGCACUCAUGAAACUCAUUGUUAGAGCUUGUUCACAAGAAAGAUGGGGAUCAUCAUGUGACAAUAGAUGUCCGAUGUGUCACAAUGGUGGGGUAUGUGACGACAAGACAGGAGAAUGUAUCUGUGCACCAGGGUUCAGUGGUACAAAAUGUCAGAUAUUACAUGGAAAGAAUUGUUUUGGUCAAGAUUGCGGUAUAACGUGCUCCAUCACCAAUGUUGGAUGUAAGGGGGUAAUGAUGUGCCUGCCUGAUCCUUUUGGAUGUACAUGCGCAGCUGGCUUCAAAGGCCAAACGUGCACAGAAGAGUGUAAAGAUGGCUACUUUGGGGCUAAUUGUGAGCUUAAGUGUCAUUGUGAGGAUGGUGCAGUGUGUGAUAAAGGUCAUGGUAGAUGUCCUGAUGAUGUUAAAUGUGCAUCAGGUUACACUGGAGAAAACUGUCAAGAAUGUCCCGAGGGGCUAUUUGGAGCUACAUGCAUCAAGGAGUGUCAUUGUGAAGAUGGGGAGAUUUGUGACAAAGUUACCGGUACAUGCCCGGACGGUGUCGGAUGUCAACAACGCUACAGAGGUAUUAACUGCCAAAGUAAGUAUACCGCUGUUUGACCAUUAAAGACAAUUAUUUUUUUCAUUUUUUUUUAUAAUGCUCGAUUGUUGUAAAUCCUAUAUAAAUAUAGUUGUAAACGUUUUUGAAGGAACAUACGGUGAAAACCUCACUUUUGAGAUAUC